CCCAUAUAACUUAUUACUAUUGUCAUGUACGACUCUGCAGCGAAUGGCCACUCGUAUUCCACACCCUCAUCGCCCAGCCCAUACACGAGCCAGCCGGCCGGUAGCGACAGCAAACCCACAUACGACAAGGAGUUAGCGUCGUUGUUUCGGGCAACUGCAGCCAACGUCACCCAGCUCUACAAGGAGGCGAGCGAAAUCGGACAGACUGCGUACAAGUCGGGGUACGAGCAGUGUUACAACGACAUCUUGGAGCUGGCGCUGGCAGCUGCACAUAUGCCUGGGAAUGAGGGCCAGCCGCUGACGCUGCAGCAGCUGCUGGAGUUUGCGCGGCAGAGGAGAAUCGCCCCCAAAACAGCGUUCCAACAUGCGGCUACAUCACGCAUGAUGCAGUCCGAACAGCUCUCAAGGGCAGGCACACGGCUGGUCGGCGGAAAACAAGGUGUUCCGCGGCUCCAGCUUCUCCCGCAGUGCAGUUUGGAUUCAGAGACGCUGGUCACGCCUACCUCACCGCAUGCCGUUGGGGAUCCUGCUCUGUCGCCGCCUGAAACAUGCACAUUCGACAAUCCUGCGGUCACGAUGGCGGCAGUGCCAGAGCAGCUUGCUGCGGACGUGUCCGGCAUCAGCAGCUGCCCAGAGUACGGCCGGCAGCGCACAAACGAGCUGAAAAGACGCAGCAGUAUCCAGGCACGACGCAACAAGCGGCAGCUUGACGCAUUCGAAGUCCUAUGGACAUCGAGCCCCCAAGGCGGCGACAGCGCCGCGAGGAUGUGGAGAUGUCGUAACAGGGUCGCUUCCGGUGCUUGUGCCGAAUAAACAUGCAUUUCAGGAUUUGAGACGUGUACGGUGCGGAUAUACCAAGCCUGUAGCAUUUCUGCUCUGGAAAAACGAUCGACGCUGCUGCACCCGGGGAAGCUUGCGUCCUAUCCUUUCGUAUUCCGAUAUCUUAUACGAGGAGCAUAUCACUCUCCCGCCCAGCUGCUGCCACAUACUGAACAUAUCUGCACAGCCCACCCAAACAAUGGACAGAACAUUCCGAAAAAGGCAUUCUUUUAUAGCCAGAUGACUGAUGGGG